GAUAGAAAAGGAAAUCACAUUUAAACUCUUUCUCUUAUGUUUCAAGUUAAUCUCUUGUUAAAGUCUCUGAAUUUAAUCAAAUUAAAACCACCGAUUAACCUAAUUGUUAGAAUGUCAACUUACGGAUUCAUUGAAAAAGGUGUUCCAAACACUACUAAUUACCGAAUGUUCCUGACAAAUUCCAGUGUUCCCAUAUCUCCGUUUCAUGAUAUUCCUUUGCUCUCUGAUGCUGCCAAUAAGAUUUACAAUAUGGUGGUUGAGGUUCCCCGAUGGACAAACGCUAAAAUGGAAAUCGCCACAAAGGAAGGCCUAAACCCGAUCAAACAAGAUGUCAAGAAAGAUGCCCUUCGAUAUGUGAAGAAUUGUUUCCCUCAUAAAGGUUACAUUUGGAAUUACGGUGCUUUACCACAAACAUGGGAAGAUCCGAAUCAUUUAGAUGAAUCUACCGGAUGCCGGGGCGAUAAUGAUCCAAUUGAUGUCUGUGAAAUUGGUGAUAAAGUUCAUCCUCGAGGUUCAGUUAUCCAAGUGAAAAUAUUGGGAGUCUUUGGUUUGGUUGAUGAAGGAGAAACCGAUUGGAAAUUGAUUGCUAUCGAUGUUAAUGAUCCACUAGCCAAACAAUUGAACAACAUUAAUGAUGUUGAAACAUUAAAAACUGGACUAUUAAAGGCAACUCACGAAUGGUUCAAAAUCUAUAAGGUUCCUGAUGGUAAACCAGAAAAUAAAUUCGCCUUUGAUGGUAAACCCAAGGAUAAAGCUUUCGCUGAAAAUGUAAUCGCUUUAACUCACGAACAUUGGAAAAAAUUGAUCACCGCUUCACCAGAAUCAAAUAUAAACACUUCGGGACUUGACCUACGAAAUGUGACCAUUGCCAAUUCACCUUAUAAGAUAGAAAAUCCUCUCACUAUUGUAGACUCUUCCCCUGACCUUGCCACACCCAAAGAAAUCACAGAUUCUGAACAGGUAGCCAUCGAUAAAUGGUACGUUGUUGGUUAAUUUCAACAACAAAUUAUCGCCACGAUUUCAAUAUCGAAUUAUUUUUAGUAACAAGAUACUUAUUGUUAGAAUCCUUUCAAGGAAAAUCUUGAAAAUUUUGGGAACAAAAAGGUAAAGGGUUAAAAUUGAAGGUCAAUUCUGAUCUGUAUUAGUUUUCCUAAUGAUGAUCUUGAGCUUUCAACCGAUGGUCAGAAAUUUACAUGUUAAUCUGGUUUUUCGAGAAUAAAUAAUUUUCUUGGACAAUA